GAUGGUUUGCGCAAAUCGGCGCCGUUAGGCUGCAAAACACACGUGGUGCCGCAUGAUUAAUUAGUGCCCUCAAGUGCAAAUUUAAAUCUGUGCAUGUUAGCAAACAAAUGUUUAGAUUGAUUAAAAUAGAAACAAUCUGCAAUAUAAAGUAAAGAAAAUCUCUGCAACAACUCGAAGAAUUGAAUUGUUGCAAUGAACGACUCUUUGGAAGUAGAGCCGUCCUUGUCGCGAUAUUAUGUCGAACAAACCCAAUAUUACGUGAUACCAUUCUUAAUAACUUUCGGCAUUUUGGGAAAUUCGCUCUCUGGCUAUGUCAUCCUUAAAACAAAAUUGAGGCAACUUUCAUCAUCCAUCUAUCUGUUAACACUCUCCAGCAAUGACUCCGUCAUGCUGAUCACAAUCGGUAUUCAAUGGCUUAGCCAAAACGAUAUCGACUUGUACAACCAACCAAUAUUGUGCCAAGUGAUAACGUACGUGAGUGAUUUGUGCGCCUCAAUGACUGUAUGGUUAAUAGUCGUAUUCACUGGCGAGCGCUUCAUGGUAGUAAAAUACCCCCUUCGAGCAAAAUUUCUCUGCACUGUGCGACGAGCACAACUCAUAAUAAUCAUUCUUUUUAUCACAAUGCUAAUAUUCUAUUCUCCGCUCUUAUUCAUCGCUGGAUUGGAGUUCAGCAAUCACGCGAACCGCACUGUAUGCAAACCGAAAAAGGAAUGGCACCGCGUGGGUGUAAUAUUUAAUAGUUUCGACUUCAUUCUAACUUGUAUAAUACCUGUGCUCAUUAUUUCCGUUCUUAAUUCAAUUAUCUGCCAAAAAGUGUGGAAAUUCACCAAUCUGAGGCGGAAGAUGACCGACGAUUUUCAGAUGAAUAAUUUAACGCGUGGGACGCAUGUAGUGAACCAUCUGUCCGUGAAGGCGGACAAGACGUCAUAUAAAAUGACCAAGAUGCUACUGGUCGUGUCGACAGUUUGUUUAUGCCUGAUUUUGCCAAGUUUCAUUAUGCGCUUCAUAGUGCAUUUAAACACGUUGGGACUCGUCAUUAUCUCUGACAACUUUAUAACUGCGCAACUGUACGUGCAAUUUCUUUACUACUUGACAUUCGGCAUCAAUUUUGCGCUCUAUUGCAUCAGCGGCCAGAACUUUCGAAAGGCCGUAUCGGCAACAUUCUGCAAGUGUAGAUUUCGACAUAACACCCGAAACACGGUUACAGGAACUGAAAGAACACAAUAUUCAUCGCUAUCCACUCAUCCAACGAUCUUCCGCAACCGAAAAACUAUGGGGGUCUCGGAUAUAUCGAUCUGAAUAAUCCUCAGAUUAUAUGUAUAUAAUACUAUAUAACUAUAGUGAUAUAUUAUAUUUAAUAUAAAAUAAUAUGUAAAAUGAACGUAAUGAAAAUGCCAAUUUAGUGUGUAUUAUCAAUUUAAAAUUGGUUUAAAUUAUAUCAAGUGCCCGACAAAAUCAAAUAAAGCAUGUUAUUAGGUG